AUGAUUGAUUGCACGAUAUUCGAAUGUGAAAUCGAGCCUACAUAUGAGAAAGAUCUGCCUCAGACUCCACCGAAAAGAGACGAUCAUCCGCGAAUCACCUGCACAGCGGCCAGAGAUCAUCAAUUGCAAACAUUAUGCAAACAUCUCGAGCAGGUAUACCAAGUCGAUAGAGCACUGUUAUGGAAAAUGAGUCAUUGUACUGCAUUCACGCAAAUGACUGAAAUCGUUUCCGGUUUGAAAAUCGUCCGACUACUUGAGAAAGCCAUUCAACGACAGCUGUUCGAUCAUGUGCGUUUCCUUCACUUGAUUUUUGAACUGUGUCCAGCCAGAGAGUGUGAGAGCACAUGA